AUGAGUGCCGAGGCGACGCGGCUUCUCACGCACCGAAGGACCCGGUUCCGCAGCAACACCAGCAGCGAGCGCGGCGACGUCGCCGACGUGCUCGAUCUGGCCCAGCACGUGUAUCCGACGGCGGCCACACGACCGGCGGCGGCGAUGCCGUGCACUGCCGACAAGACCGAGGAGAGGGAGCUGCACCCCGCCGGGCUCGUUGCGCUCGGGUUCGCUUUGCUGUUUUUGGGCUUACACCAUUGGCUUUGCACGCCACACAACACAUUAUCGUCGUGCACUAGCAGCGCGAGCGGGAUCCUCUUGUCCUCGACGGUCUGCGGUGUAGCGGCGGCGCAACUCAUCGCCAGUGCGCGCGGCAGCGCGUUUGCGCGCGCCUUUCACGGCGCGCACAGUCUCGUCUGGACAGCCACGGUGCUGCUGCAGCUUGCGCAGCGCGGCAGCGGCAGCGGCAGCGACAGGGGCAGGAACCUGUCCGUGGUGGCGAGCAUGCUCCUCAUGGCCGCCGCCCUGGCCUGUGGAGCUGCCGCCGUCGCCAUUCUCGUCGUCCGACCGCUGCUGGCCGCCGUCAGCCUCGGUCUGCUGUGUCUGAGCCGCGCCGCAUUUCAGCGGCCGCACGAGGCGGCGGCGGCGGCCACCAUGGAGGGCUAUGGCGGCGUGCUACUCGUGCUCGCGAGCGGGCUGGCGUUUCGCGCCGCAUGGUGGGCGCGGAGGCGGCCUUCACGAGUUGCUUGUGUCAGGCAGCCGUUGUGA